AGAGAUCACUGUAGCGCGUAAAUGUUGUGAAUCGAGUUAUUUUUUUCGUAACUGAGUGACGUUCAAGUACAACCCAUUGAAAUGAUAACAAACAAGGUGAUAAGGGCUAAGUGUUGAAUAAAGUUAACGUCGUUGAUGCUGUCGAGAAGUGUUUAUGGUCUGAAAAUGUCAUAAAGUUGUGAGAAUGUGGCAUAAAGCAAAGUUUGUACAAUAAAUUAAUGUGUUUAUUAAUGAAAUGUGUUGUUACGCACUUGAGCUUCCCUCGGCGGGUGACGUGAGCGGCAGUGCUGCCGCGGCGGCAGAAGCUCUGAACUAAACGACAGUAGCUAAAGAAUCGCUCGGUACGUCGCGACACCGAGCGAUUUUCUUAAUUUUCCACGAAAAUGGCCAACAGUUUCGAACCGAUGGCCAAAUCAAAGCAUUUCCCGAUAGAUCAGCUAGUCCGAGUCGGCAAUUACAAUCUAGAAAAGACAAUAGGAACGGGGAAUUUUGCGGUGGUAAAACUAGCUACACAUGUAAUAACGAAAUGUAAGGUCGCGAUAAAAAUAAUAGACAAAAGCCGACUGGACGAAGACAACCUAAAGAAGACCUUUAGAGAAAUAGCAAUUAUGAAAAGACUGCGGCACCCACACAUAGUCCGAUUAUACCAGGUGAUGGAGAGCACACACACGAUAUACCUAGUGACAGAAUACGCUCCGAACGGGGAAAUAUUCGAUCACCUAGUAUCGAAAGGGCGCAUGCCGGAGCCGCAGGCAGCGCGGCUAUUCUCACAAAUGGUGUCGGCAGUCGGGUACUGCCACGCGCGAGGGGUCGUGCACAGAGACCUCAAGGCAGAGAACCUCCUGCUUGACACACACAUGAACAUCAAGUUGGCAGACUUCGGAUUCAGCAACGAGUACGUACGCGGGGGAGCCCUGGCGACCUGGUGCGGCAGUCCGCCGUACGCCGCGCCGGAACUGUUCGAGGGACGGAGAUACGACGGGCCCAAGGCGGAUAUAUGGUCGCUGGGCGUGGUGCUAUACGUGCUGGUGUGCGGCGCGCUACCCUUCGACGGCGGCACGCUGCACGAGCUGCGGGCCGUCGUGCUGGCCGGCAAGUUCCGGAUACCGUACUUCAUGUCGCAAGAAUGCGAGCAGCUAAUCCGGCACAUGCUGGUGGUGGAGCCCGAGAAGAGACUGUCGCUCCGCGGCGUCGCCAAGCACCGCUGGCUCUCCUCGCACCACGCGGGCCCCGGUCCUCCUGCCCCUAUAGAUCCAUCGACGGGUGCGUGCACGUGUCACCCGGCCGGCGUGGCGGCGACGCCCUCGCGCGACACCGUGCUGUCCCACAUGCUCACCUUGCCCGGGCUCACCCCCGACCUCAUACAACAGUCUGUGCAAGAAGAGCGAUUCGACCACAUCUCCGCCAUCUACCACCUCCUCAUGGACAAAGUGCAGCAGCGGACUCAGCGGAUACACAGAGAUUCCCUGGAGUCGCCAACAGGUGACCAAGGUGGCGGAGCCCUAGAUCUCACAAGCUGUAAGAGCGGGACAGAGGAGCAGAUGGACGCCGAGGAUUCGUCUCAAGACUGCCUGGUGCUGCCCGACGCUGCGGACUACUUGUCUGAGCGGACCGACAGCCUGGAACAGUUUGGUGAGGCGGGCGGCGUGGCGGUGACGGCGGCGCCUGCGCAGCCCGCGGACCCGCAGCGGCGCCACACCGUGGGCCCGCAGCCCCGCCACGACCAGAUGGAGGUGGGCGCGGCGCUGGGCUCCGCGGCGUCGGCGGACGGCCGCAACGCGCCGCUCUACGUCUCCGAGUUCGCUCAAAGUUCGUCGCGCGAGGCGCCGGUGGUGUCCAUGUUGCCCCACACCAACUUGGCCGCACCCCUCCCCGCGUGGCACCACUUUAGCGUCAAGGAUCAGCACUUAUUGAAGCCGCCCAUAGCCAUGCAGAGUCAGGCGUCCACGUUCGGGCGCCGCGCCUCGGACGGCGGCGCGCACGUGCCGCGCGGGAGGGAGCGCGCCUGCUGCCACAGCGCGCCGCCGCACCACGUGAGCACACACACACACACACACACACACACACACGUUCGGGCGCCGCGCCUCGGACGGCGGCGCGCACGUGCCGCGCGGGAGGGAGAGGGCCUGCUGCCACAGCGCGCCGCCGCACCACGUGAGCACACACACACACACACACACACACACACGUUCGGGCGCCGCGCCUCGGACGGCGGCGCGCACGUGCCGCGCGGGAGGGAGAGGGCCUGCUGCCACAGCGCGCCGCCGCACCACCGCGCCGCCGCACCACGUGAGCACACACACACACACACACACACGUUCGGGCGCCGCGCCUCGGACGGCGGCGCGCACGUGCCGCGCGGGAGGGAGCGCGCCUGCUGCCACAGCGCGCCGCCGCACCACGUGAGUACACACACACACACACACACGUUCGGGCGCCGCGCCUCGGACGGCGGCGCGCACGUGCCGCGCGGGAGGGAGCGCGCCUGCUGCCACAGCGCGCCGCCGCACCACGUGAGCACACACACACACACACACACACACGUUCGGGCGCCGCGCCUCGGACGGCGGCGCGCACGUGCCGCGCGGGAGGGAGCGCGCCUGCUGCCACAGCGCGCCGCCGCACCACGUGAGCACACACACACACACACACACACGUUCGGGCGCCGCGCCUCGGACGGCGGCGCGCACGUGCCGCGCGGGAGGGAGCGCGCCUGCUGCCACAGCGCGCCGCCGCACCACGUGAGUACACACACACACACACACACGUUCGGGCGCCGCGCCUCGGACGGCGGCGCGCACGUGCCGCGCGGGAGGGAGCGCGCCUGCUGCCACAGCGCGCCGCCGCACCACCGCGCCGCCGCACCACGUGAGCACACACACACACACACACACACACACACGUUCGGGCGCCGCGCCUCGGACGGCGGCGCGCACGUGCCGCGCGGGAGGGAGCGCGCCUGCUGCCACAGCGCGCCGCCGCACCACGUGAGCACACACACACACACACACACACACACACACACGUUCGGGCGCCGCGCCUCGGACGGCGGCGCGCACGUGCCGCGCGGGAGGGAGCGCGCCUGCUGCCACAGCGCGCCGCCGCACCACCGCGCCGCCGCACCACGUGAGCACACACACACACACACACACACACACACGUUCGGGCGCCGCGCCUCGGACGGCGGCGCGCACGUGCCGCGCGGGAGGGAGAGGGCCUGCUGCCACAGCGCGCCGCCGCACCACGUGUCGGAUAGCGGAGCGCCCGCGCCGCAAGAAGACACCGAACAGACGGAAGACAUAUGCAGGUAUAUGAUGAACCGCGGCAGCAGUAAGCGGCACACGAUGGCGACCACCGAGGACGCGGCCAACACCGCCGCCGGGCCCAUGCCGGCGGCGUCCCCGUCGUCCUCGGCCAACAUCCGCGUCAGAAGGACGGGCCUCCUGACGGUGACGGAGCGCCCCCCCGUAAUAAGUCCAGAAUUAGUAAUGGAAGUGGAGGCGCGCAUGAAAAGGAACUACCUCCCGCCGUCCAUCGGAUACCAAUACCAGUACCCUAGUGGAUACCAGAGCCCACCCUCACAGAGCCCAACGCUGGGCUCCAUCACCGCCGGCACGCCCAACCCCAUACCAAAUAUAGAACCGGUACCGAAAACCGGUUCCAUCAUGUCCGGCACGCCCAUCACUACGCAAGCCGUAACGCCCUACACGCCUAACGUACUCUCAAAUUACACAAACCAAGGAUCUAUAAUGACUGGAACGCCUAUCAAUACCGGUUUUGAAGCCAAUUAUAAUUACAAUAAUUUCGUACCGGGAUCUAUAACCAGCGGGACGCCAGUGGCGUAUCAGAAUCAAACAACGAAUACCGGUUUCCAAGUACCGGUUUCGCCCGCUCAGUACACUCAGACGCAUAAUACCGGUUUCCAAGUACCGGUUCCGCCCGCUCAGUACACUCAGACGCACAAUAACAGGCAGAGAAAGUAUUCGGGCCCGCAGCGAGUCAAGUUACAAUUGUUAGCGACUGUACAGGAGAAUAUGGCGCGCGAGCACGCGGAGCGCUACUCGCCGGUGCGGCGCGCCGAGUGUUCCCCGCCCCGAGCCGCGCACGACCUCGCCUCGGCGAGGCUAGAGUACCAGCAACUACAGCGCGGGCUGGAGCGGCGCGGGGGUGCGGGGGUGGCGGCGGGGGUGCCGGGGGGCGCGGGCGCGUCGCCGCCGCACGAGGCGCGCCUGCACACGCCCGCCGCCUCCAUGCCCAAUUCGCCGAUCCACGGCGCCUCCCCGCCCGCGUUAGAGUUGUCCUCACUGCCUGAACCUGAACUGCCUCACAUGCUGCUCACUCAGGACUUAGCGUUAAAGUUGGGGUUGAAGUACGGCGGGGAGUUCGCGACGCCCCCCGCGCCCCCCGGCUCCCCGCUGCGGCAGAUCACCGAGGGGCUCAGCUAUCUGCACACCGGCUCCAUCACUAGAGGGACCCCUCAAGCGAACGCGACGCCCCUGGACCUCCGACAGAACGCCGACAUGGACACCGGCCACAUACACCCCAGCCUGCACCCGCUGCACCACGUCCACAGGUCGCUGAACAACAGUCCGAUCUCGAACCCCAGCUCGCCGCUCGACAUGAUCCGGGAGGAGAUACACAACGGCUGCCCGCAGCUCGGGUUCACACAGGUACACACUCAUGUACGUGCACACCACACAUACAUGUGUGUAUUGUGUGCCAGGUCGCUGAAUAACAGUCCGAUCUCGAACCCCAGCUCGCCGCUCGACAUGAUCCAGGAGAUACACAACGGCUGCCCGCAGCUCGGGUCGCUGAACAACAGUCCGAUCUCGAACCCCAGCUCGCCGCUCGACAUGUACCAGGAGAUACACUACGGCUGCCCGCAGCUCGGGUUCACACAGGUACACACUCAUGUACGUGCACACCACACAUACAUGUGUGUAUUAUGUGUCAGGUCGCUGAACAACAGUCCGAUCUCGAACCCCAGCUCGCCGCUCGACAUGAUCCAGGAGAUCCACAAGGGCUGCCCGCAGCUCGGGUCGCUGAACAACAGUCCGAUCUCGAACCCCAGCUCGCCGCUCGACAUGAUCCGGGAGGAGAUACACAACGGCUGCCCGCAGCUCGGGUUCACACAGGUACACACUCAUGAGAUGAACCGCAACCUUCAGCAGCAGUUCCAGCACUACGUCUCCACGCACCCUCAGAUCAGCCUGACCGACUGUCUCGGCUCCGAGAUCACCCUCGUCGCCUCCUCCUCAGAGGACAGCAUGGACAGCCUGGAGAACACCAAAUACCCCCUCCCCCAGUUCGUCAUAUCAGAACCCUCUGACCUAGAACCCUCCAUAACCAAGGGCAUCGGCAGAAAAGUCAGUCAGGAGACAGAGGCUGUUGAAGAGAAGGACACGGAAAUGCAGAGUCCGAAAGAAGAGGAUAAGAGCAGAAGAAACAGUGAAAAGAGCUUAGGUUUCAGCGAUGAUUCUUUGAGCAACGAUUCUGCUAACGCCUCUCCGAAUUGCGAGCAGAAUAUACAGUCAAUUUACUCAAAUAUAGUCUCUAUUAGCUCAGGGUUUAGCGAGAAUCGCGGAAGCUUCUCGGAACAUAGGGAAUCUUUCUCAUUCUCAGAUAGGGGUAGCUUCUCGGAGCGCGGCGAUUUCGGACGAUCGUCCUUUUCAGAGCGGAGCGACUUCGGCCGAGGCAGCUUCUCGGAAAAGGGUGAAACGCCCAGAUCGUCCUUUUCAAAUCAGGGUGUUUUAGGAGAUGUGCAGGAGGAGUUUUUCCCUAGGGAUAGGUUAGAGAAAUGCGACGAAGGCGAGGAAAUAGAGAAACUACAGAAAUCUACUAUGGACUUAAGGUUGACAGACAUCUGUCGGCCGGAUGAAAAGAUACCUAUAUUAUUAAGCCCUCAAAAAGUCUCAUGUAUACAGGAAUCUUACGAAAUAAUGUUGUCGACGGUAUGUUCAAAGUUGGAUUCACAAAGUAUAGUAGAGUUAUUAAAAGACGCGAUAAACUCCAGAGUACCGCCGCAGAAUAUAUUCGUGGAGACUCAGGAGAGCCCCGAUGAUACUCUGACGGGCUUGAACCUGGAGUAUUCGGGGGGUAUUCAGAUAGAGCUGGUGCUGUGUGAGAAUAAGGCGAUGGAGAAGAAGGGGCUGAAGAUGAGGAGGAUCUCGGGGGAUCAGAGGGAGUACGGCAAGCUGUGCCAGCAACUCAUCACCAGUCUCACGGUCUGAACAUCUAAGCUUGUUUACAGAUGUAGUACUUAUUUGUUUUCCAUCGUAUUUUCUCGGAAACGUUCGUAUUUGUCAUGCUACUUCAGUCAACGUCAGUACCUUUUGUACCGACUGACUGAAAUAGCGAGACACGUUCGCACGUGUCCGUGAAAAUACGAUGGAAAUAGUUAUUUACGAUACAAGUGCUAAAAAGAGGAAAUUCGAAACGAGUGGCGAUAAAUUAAAACACGACCGAAGGGAGUGUUUUAAAUUGACACGAGUUGCGAAUUACCUAUUCGCACGUGUAUCGUACAACGUUUUACAGUACAUAUGGCCCUUUAAACUUUUGACAUCGCACGAAAGGUGCUAUUUUACGCACUAGUGCGGAAAAAUAGGACCAUAUGUACUGUAGAUAAUUAUGCACUACAUGUGUAACUUGCAAUGUAUUUAUCUUGGGGUCAAAUCUUGCAAGCAUAGACCCACUUCCCAAAUUCGAUUCAGCUGAAACUGAACAUACAUAUGCUAUUCAUAAAUUACGUCAUUUCAAAUUAGGCGGGAGGGUCUGGACAUGGUAGCAUGACGUAGGAGGAAAUGGGGUCAUUUGAAGCAUGAUUUUUGGAUGCUUUUACGGGGGGGGGGGGGGGGGGGGGUGUCAAAAAUCGAUGACGUAAUUUAUGGACAGCCCCUAUGUAAGAUGGAAGAAAAUACAAUAAAGUGUUACUAUCGAGCUGAUCUGAUGAUGGACUUCCCCCACUUGAGGUAUUUGAGCGACGGCCGCUCGAAUGGGAAUCCAACAUUAACUAUUAAUACUAUUCGACUCGAAAUUCCUAAACCUUGAAGAUAUUUCCUAUAUUUUGCAUUCCAAGUGAAUUUGAUUCCUACAUUGCGAACAAUUUGAUAUCUAUGGCCGGUCAUACAACUUUGUCAGUAGAAAAAGGCGCGAAAUUCAAAUUUUCUAUGGUACGAUUACCCUUCGCGCCUAUUUUUUUUUAAUUUGCCGCGUUUUUCUACUGACGGAAAUGUCUUGACAGACUAUAUUAGAGUUUUUACGAAAAUGAUGUGUUGUGGAAAGGCAAGAGUGACGCUUAUUGUAAAUAAUUGCAAUUACAUUGUUUCUUGGCCUUAUUUUAUUUGUGACGUUAUCUAUGAAAAGGGACCUUAUCGUCGAUGGCGCUUGCGCCAUUAUUAACGAUGCUCCGGUAUAAAUACAAUGCCGCGCGACGCUGUGCGGCGUAAGCGCCAUCGACAAUACGGUCCCUUUUCAUAAAUAAUGCCCCAUUUACAAUACAAUUCGAUAAAUUUGUGAAAUUGUGUAUAAUCUAAAUACGCGUUUCCCCACAGAUUAAACCUAGCUAGAUCGAUUUAUCGCCCCCGAAAACCCCUAUAUAAUCGUAGCAAAUUUCAUCGAAAUCGUUAGAGCUGUUUCCGAGAUCCCCGAAAUAUUUAAAAGUUUACAGGUAUAUAUUAGAGAGAUAUACAUAUAAAUGCACGUGUCCUGACUGAUGGACUGACUGACUAAUCAACGCAGGGGCCAAAUUCGACAUGUACAACUGUCAGAUUUCGCAUCCACGUCAAAUCAACAGUUGAUUUUAUCGCAUACUGAGUGUUGAUUCCAUCAACGGUGGAUAAUAUCAUUUGGUACAACCAAAACUCAACUCUAAACUAAGGGUGGUUCGGUUUGGUUUGCUUGUCACCCUAACUGUGGAUUGUUAAUGUCAAAUUUUGACAUUGUACGUAUUCGAGAACUUAUGAUUUUUCCCACAUCAACGGGAGAUCAACACGAUACGUCAAACGUCGCUUGUCGAAUAGGGGUCCAGAGCCGAAACUACAAAAGCUAGAAAGUUUAAAUUUGCACACCAGGUUAGGGGUUGUGCACAAAUCACGCGAGGUGUUUUCGGCUACAUUUUCGUAUAAAUCAGUUUAACUUUAAUAUACGAUGGGCGUUGCUCUGGCCUUUAAAAGUUGCAUUCUGCCAUCGGACAUUAUCCAAGAUUUUUGAUAGCAUAAUAACGGGUCUCUAUUGUUUCCCAAAUAGUUUUAAGUCAUAAUGUAUUGUUUGUCCGAAUUUUCGUUAUAGUCCGGGAGCCGGCUGCAUGAAACAAACCUCAUCAAAAAAUAGAAUAUACCUACCUUGUAGAGGUACCUGACAUUUAGUAGAUUCCAACGCACUUGGUCGGCCUAGGCUUAACCUGGCAGAUUUUGUACAAAUGGCAAAAACGUUGGACAAAAAUUCAUCAAAAAAAA